AUGAAGCUUUCCUUCGCCGUCCUUGGCGGCCUAUACGCCCUCGCCGCGGCGCAGUGCGGCACCAUCUCCAACGACAAAAUCCAGGCCUUACACGCCUCGUACGCUGCCGCCGAGGCCGAGGCCCACGUCUUGGGCCGGCGCCAGUCAUCUGCCACGUACGAGAUCCCGACCGUUUUUCACGUCAUCACCGAGAGCGGCACCGUCAGCGGUGGCCAUGUCCCCCAGGACCUUAUCAACAGACAGUUUGACUACCUCAACACCGCCUUUGGCAAGCAUGGCUUUUCCUUUGUCCUCAACGACACCGUGUAUACCCGUCAGCCCAACUGGCGCAGACUCGACACUCCGCUGGUAGGCGCCACUGCGAGGGAGAUGGAAAUGAAAAGGGCGCUGCGCCGGGGCGACUAUGCCACACUCAACGUCUAUGUGACCAGCUUUGCACAGGCCGGCCUUUUGGGCUGGGCUUUCUUCCCAGAAGCCCAACCCACGGCUUCUGAGCUUACCCGCGACGGUGUCGUGAUCGCGACUGGAUCCUUACCCGGCAGCAACUUCAAUGGCGGCACAUUGAUCCACGAAGUCGGUCACUGGCUGAGCUUGGAGCAUACCUUCCGAGGCCGCACCCAAAACGACCCGCUGGGGGGCUGCCGUGGUUCUGGUGACUAUAUCUUGGAUACCCCCGCUGAGUCUUCUUCCGGGGGUGGUUGCCAAAUUCCUGCUAACGUCAACGCCGGUCAGGACCGAGAUACCUGCACGGGAAGCCUGGAAGUAUCUAACCCCUCGUCGAUUCCCGGUCCGGACCCCAUCCACAACUACAUGAGCUAUUCGGCAGAUUCCUGCAUGUCAGAAUUUACCCCCGGUCAGAAGGAGCGCAUGCUGAACGCCUUCGGCGAUCUACGUGCCAAAUAA